UUUGUUAAAUCGUUUAAGGGAAAAAGAGGGAAAUUCCAGAGCGGAGAGGUUUUGAGCUCUAGAAUGAAGCUUUAGCUUUAAUGGAGGGGGAGAGAGAAAAGGGUUUAUCUCUUAAGCUUUAGAGAGCUAGAAGUAGAUAAUUAAAACCUUGUUCAGGAAUGGAGAAUAGCGGCAGCAGCAGCAGUAUUAGUAACAAUGGCAUUUUAGUUACGAAUCAGAGAAAGCCAAGUGAGGGAAUCCGAUUAGAGAAUCCAUUUACUUUGAAAGUGGGUCAAGUAUUUACUGGCUUUGGCUUUGGCUGCGGUAUUGGUAUCGGCGUGGGUCGCCCCAUAAAUCUUGGUUCUAUUCCUGUAUUGAAUGAAGUCAUGAGUGCUGCAAGAGGUGCAACUUAUGCAUUUUCUGGUGCUACUAGACAUGUAAACGACUCAUUUAAGAAGCUUGGAGCUAAGAACGUUCAAGCUGGCGUAGGAUGUGGAGUUGGUUUUGGCCAUGGUUUUGGAAUUGGCAUUGCUUUGAAGACCACCGCAUUGCAGAAAAUUCAAAUUUCUUUUGCUCUAGCCAUGACAAAGGUGAUGACGAAGUUAGGCCUUGGUCCCAAAUUACCUUUUGGUCAAGGUGCUCUUCCAAGUUCAUUACAAGGAGGUAUGAGCAUGCUGAGUAAUUCUUCAAGCCAAAAUCCGAUGGGAAGUAUCAUGCAGUUGGCAACAAAAGUACCAGACCACGCUUCUCAAGGUUUGACUGGAUAUGAAAAUAAAAGUACAGAUUCAAGUUAUGCAAUUACUUCAUCAAAAAACUCUUCAAUCGAGACACCCUUUGGUAGUAGGACAGAAAAGGUUCUCAGCAAUUUUCUGCAGAGUCCAGUUUUGAAGGGAGAGGGAAGCGAACUAAAUGAAGUGGAUGGACGGCAGAGAUCAGAAAACACCAUGCUACACAUGGUAUUGAAACACCAGAAAGUAAUUGAAGAGUUGAAGGAGGAGAAUGAGAAGCUUCGCCAAAUACUAGUUGAAGAGCUGAAAAUACCAUUUGAAAAGCUGCACACCAAUUCUUCAAGUAAAAAUAAUUAUGCAUGUUCUGAUUGUUUUGAAUGUAGAAGAAGACACAGGAAAAAAUAGACUGAAGAUAUACAUCAUGGAAUGCAAGUGCCCUUGCCAUUAUUGUAUAUUAUGUUUUACCAAGUAGUCUAGAUUACCAUACCGACAUGUGAACAAAAAUUCUUCCUGAACAAUACAAAGAAAAUUUAUUA